CACUGCUCUUCUCUUGUUAUUAUUGCAAUUUGAUGAUAGGUUGAGUUUCUAGAAAGAUCCAGUUUUGUGUGUUUUAAAUUAACAAUUUGAACUUCAAAGUUAUAGUUGUAAAAAUCACUUAUUUAGUGAAGAUAGCAUUCAAGUUUUAUUUAUAUAUUUAUUAAUCGUUCUUUCAGCAUUAUUAAACAUCUUUGAGGCGAAUAAAGCAAAUGGCUAAUGUACAAGAAGAUUUAUUGCAAUGUUACAACAGAGGCUGUGGUCAACGUUAUGAUCCUGAUAAAAACAAAGAGGAUUCCUGUAUAUUUCAUCCUGGAGUUCCUGUUUUUCAUGAUGCCUAUAAGAGUUGGUCUUGCUGUAAUAGAAAAACAACAGACUUUACUGAAUUUUUGAAUAUUAAAGGAUGUACUAAAUCUUUUCAUAAUAAUGUGAAACCAGCAGAACCAGAAAAGCCAAAAAUAGAAAAAUCAAAUAAUGAUGAGGUGUAUAAAUAUGAAGCUCCCAAAUAUCAAAAUUUACAACCUAUGGAAAGACCUAGUGAAAAUUUGACUAUGGUAAAACUUGCUUCAACAGUGGGUUCUUCUUUAAAGCCAUUAUUAGAUAAAAUAAAAGAUCCAGUGAAAGAAAGUGAAAAUAAAGCAGGUGUUGAUGGUACUUCUAUUCCAAUUGGAACAUCAUGUAAAAAUGGAGGAUGUAAACAGAGUUAUGAGGGAGAAAUGAGUAAUGCUACAGUGUGUAACUAUCAUCCUGGAGUUCCUAUAUUUCAUGAAGGUUUGAAGUACUGGUCAUGCUGUACGAGAAAGACAACCGAUUUUGAAACAUUUUUAGAACAAGAAGGCUGUACUACAGGUAGCCAUACUUGGAUUAAGAAAAAGGAGAGCCAAGUUAGCUGUAGAUACGAUUGGCAUCAAACUGGAUCACAAGUUGUAGUAUCUGUUUAUUCUAAACUUCCUGAUCCUGAUUUAUCCUGUAUUGAUGCCAACCCAGUAAAAUUAUCAAUACAUAUUGUAUUUGGGGAAGAAAAAUCUGUAUUUGAUUUGCACCUUCUAUUAUGUGGAGUGAUAGAUGUUGAAAAAAGUAAAGUUUCCUAUCUGAGUAGUAAAGUAGAAAUAAAUUUAAGGAAAGCAGAACCAAUCAGUUGGCGUAAAUUAUUUUUAGAAAAUAAGCUUCCUGAAAAACAAAAUAAUGACUCUGGUGCUACGGAAGAAACUGUUGACAAUGAGGACGAUGACGAUUUAGAUGAUAUAAUUAGUUAAAUUUAACAUUAGCUAAUAUUGUUUUUAUAUUUGUUCCUUUUGUUAAGUUUUUUUUUAAAUACCUUAUUACAUACAAAUUAGUUCUUUAAUAAAUCUGAAUCGGUUCAGCUAAAUAAAUCGGCCUCCUGCUUAUAAGUUAAUGUAAUUUAACUGUUAUUGUUAUUUUAAAGAAUUGAAACUUUAAAAUGUAAGUGAUAAAUAAAAUGAAUAAAACCUAUUUGUUAUAAUA